AUGGUCUGCAGAGGCAAGCAGAAGAGAUUCGGUGACUCGGGGGUUCCUCUCGCCCGGGGGUCCCCGCCCCUCCCGCUACCAACCCCCUCCUCGCGCGCCAACCGGAGAGGCAUCCAGACCGGACAGCGGGGCUGGGAGCGCUCCGAGGACUCCCUACUGCACACGCUUAUGCGCCGGGUCACUGGAGCCGCCCUGCACCCCCAGCGGGACCGGCCCCCACCCUCAAGCAUUGUGCCACAACCCCAGACUGGCGUCCUGGAGCCCCGGGCGCCCCUCGACCGCCACCGGCAUCACCUGGGCCGCUACGCCGCAGUGCCUGGCCUGCUGUCCCCGAGCCCGGAGCUUCCUAUUUCACUCUCCCCGGGUCCAACAAAUAACUCGCCUCUCCACCGCGCGGGCCUGCUCAGCGAUCGCCAGGGCGCGGGAGGCGCAGGCAAGGCCCAGGCGCUGCCGGCGCCAGGCCCACUAGACUUUCUACGCAAACAAGGGCUGGAUUAUGUCGCCAGUACCCGCGGCUGCGCUUCUGACCGGACUGGAGGGGACUUUUCUUUGUGUUCCGUCCUGCCGGAGAGCUGCCGCACCGCCCUGGUCUGCUGGCUCCCUGGGCCUGGGAAAGCCGGCUCAGUACGGAACGAGGAGGAACAGCCACCGGAGCCACCGAGUGAGGGCCGAGGCCCGGAGCUGCGAUGCAGCAGUCCCCGAGUCCCUGAGGCCUCCACGCGCCCAAUCUCCGGACAGGACACCGCAAUGGACCCCGGACAGGGUUGCACCGGAGGAAACAGAAAGUGGCAAAGAGCCCCGCGCGGCCGAGAGUCACCGAUAAGAACAGGUCUAAAGUACCUGGACCCCAAAAAUCCUCCCCCGGAUGCUGGGCGUGACCCCCAGAGCCGCAGUUCCUUCAGAAGCUCGGCCAGCACUAGUACCCUCGGCUUCUCGAGAAUAAAAAGAACAGCCUUACGCCAUAAACCAGAAGCCCUGUCCACGCCUGGAGUCUGUCUGGCAGGUGACCUGGAUGCAAGAAGGCCCAACUUCCAAGCGCAGAGGCCGGAUUGUCUUGCUGUACCUCCACUCCCAGGCCGCCACCCACUCGGACCCGAGCCGGAGAAUACACUUGGGUCUGAGGAGUGGCCACACAAACUCCAUGAAUGCUUGCCUGGCCCUUCCUCCCUCUGCCUGAGAGGCAGGGAGAUGGACCUUUCUUCUCCAGCCAUCUAUCUGUCCGCUCUCAAUUUUAUCUCCCUCUGCCACGCUCCGCAGCGCAGCAACAAUCGAAAUGAAAAUCGAGGCUCUGUUGCUAAGAUAAGGAUUUACUUUUUUCAUCAGCUCCUAGAUUUUAAAAAUAUCCUCACUUGAUAAUUUUAGGGUGGUUGUCAUGGUGUGAAAACCGUGCCUAGCAUUUCUCAGCGCCUGUCCUUACAUAUUCACAAAAUUUCUCACUACAAUGGAAAACAGCCUUUAAACAAUUCUCUUUAUCAUAAUCAGAACCAAAACCACUUUUAAAAAUAUUCUGCAAGCAAAUAUUUCGGUUAGAAUUUGGUUGCCUACCCAAAUGUUAUUUAUUUUCAAGG